GAGAGUUGAGUUGAGUCGUGUCCCAUAUGUGGAAAAAAGCAUAGUAGUGCACACACGAGUCUGUCCGCUCCUAGGAUUAUCUAACUGGUUUUGAAUCUAAUGAAGAAAUGCAGGCAUGAGAAGAUUUUAUACGGAGUCCCAAUGUGAGUGCAAGUGAAUGAUGGACUACGGUCGUACAGAAGCUAGCCUGGGUUUCCCUGCAGAACUAUCGCCGUAAUCGAGACCAGGUCCGCAGAAUGCUGAGUCCCAUUGUUCCCUAUAGCCUUUUGAAGAUGCACUGGAACCCGGAGCAUGCCCAGCCCCUGAGCCAGUGGCCUGAGCAGCAUUUGGACGUUUCCUCCACGACUUCAUCCCCUGCCCACAAGUCUGACCUGUACCCCAGCCGCAACCGUGGCUCCUACAACUACGCCUGGGCAAACGAUGACAUAUCAGCCCUUACUGCCUCUAACCUGCUGAAGCGCUAUGCUGAGAAAUACUCUGGAAUGCUGGACUCGCCAUAUGAGCGCCCUGGCGUAGGUGCGUACCCAGAGCCUGUGGCUUUUGGGGCUCUCAAUGGAGGCCAGAAAGGUGAACUGGAACCCUGGCCUCUAACACACAGCACUGAUGGGGCAUAUUCCGUGGUGCCUCCUUCCUCUCACGACGGUCUGUCGGGGCCAAAGGUUCCCACAUCAGCAGGCCCACCGGGCUCAGGUAGUGGGUCAACAGUUAACAGCAACCUGUCGGACUCAGGCUACAGUGGGACCAGCUCCUGCAGUGGCCCCCAUUCCAGUGACUACCCCCCCAGUUACAAUGGCACCUACCUCUCAUCAGGGUACUGUCCCCAACCCACCUCAGCACUUCCACCAACCUCGCUACAUGCCCUUCAGCCAAACCCCACACUUCUCCCCAGUUAUACACCUUCUGCCCCUGUAUACAACUACCCCCCUAGCACCUACCAGACUGGCCUGGCUCCUAGCUACACCCACCCAACUGCCCCUUACAUUGCCUCUGGCAUAGCUGCCCACUCUCCUCUUCCCUCAAGACCUACAGUGGUUGGAGGCAGCUAUGGCUACCAGAACAGCAGUCUAGGAGGCUCGGAUCCUGGGGGCUCUCUGAAAAGGAAAGCAUUUGAGAUGACCCUAGAAGAGGAAGAUGGGGAUGGCUCUCGCUAUAGAAAAUAUAGCUAUGACCCCAUGAAAGCUGGUGGGGAUUCUCCUUACGGUGUCGCUGACAAAGCAGAGUGCCGUGGAAAUAACUUUGGAACAGCCAGCACAGAUCCUCAAACAUUUAAGUCCAGCAAACCUUCAUCACAGUCAAGCCUGGAAGGAGAUAAUGUGGGAAAGUACGGUGGGCUUAAACCAUUGGUUUCACCACCAUACGGCACAGCAGGGGACUACAGCCCUCCAGCAGCCAUGACGGGCGAAAAUGGAGGUGCAGAUCAGGGCUUCUCUCAACAACGGUCUCAGAAAUGUUCAGAUUCUCUGAAAAGCAUGGAACCUCGUAUGUUGGAGCUGGUAAGCAGGGAGCUUCAGGAUUGUGGCCCACCUUUGCUUUGGACUGAACUGGCUGGAAACUGUCACAUCAAAGCAGCACUCGAGGAGGACCUGCUGUGGCCUGUCUUGCGGCCCAAUCCUGCCAUCCGCCCACCCAGAACCGUUCUGCUAUUUGGCCCACAAAGAGGGGGCAAAACCACAAUUACACGAUCCUUGGCAUCUCAAAUGGGCGCCACCUUCUACAAGCUGAGUGGUGCAACAUUGGCCUCCAAAUUGAAAGGAGAGGCAGAGCAACUUUUGGUUACUCUGUUCACAGUGGCAGCCUCACGACACCCCGCAGUGGUGCUGCUGAGCGAAGUGGAGGCCAUUGAGGAGGAAGGGCUCAGACUGCAGCUGCAAGCACAGUUAGAGAAGAUCCAGCAUGGUCAGACCAGCUUCGUUCUGGUGGUAUGCACCACAAGACGGCCUGACUUGAUCAAAGAUUCUCUUCUGCGUUGCUUCUCUAAGCGUUAUCACAUUGGUCUGCCAGACGGGAGCACACGCAGGCAGGUGCUUCUGCAGGCGCUGGCGCCCCAAGGCUGCAGUUUGAGCGAAAGGGAGAUGUCAGCUGUACUGCAGCGUUCUGAAGGCUUUUCGGUCUGGGAGCUCCUGCAGCUCUGCCAGCAGGCCCUGGCAUCGGCUUCUGCCUCCGCACCCGUGCCUCUGCACGGACUCCCUGCAACUCUUUCUUCACCUGCCUUCCAAGACUUUGAAAAUGCUUUUUGCAAGGUUCGCCCACAUAGCACCCCCAAAGAACUGGACACUUGUAUGGAGUGGAGCAAAGUUUAUAGCCACUGAGAGACUGGCUGAAAACUUCUUAAUGCUUUGUUUUUGUUUAAAACUACUUGUUGCAGCCAAAAGAGUGGGAUUUGUUGAGAAAUGACAGUUUUUGGUGAGGAGACAUUUUGGAUUUAAUGCAUUUAAUCUAGGAAACAUGCCAUGGUGUGUUGGUUUUCUAUAAAUAUACAUAUACUUUAUUUUUUCCCAAAGAAAUUAAAUAUUAGGCCUUUCUUAAAGGGUGUUUAUUAGUUGCUCGGCUUAUCUGAUACAAAGUCUGAAUCAUAUUUUGGAAUUUCACUGGAAUUCCAAUAAGCCUUGAUCCUGGACUAAACCUGGAGGUUAGAGAUAACUUGACUUUUCCUGAAAAUAUAAAAUAUCCCCAUUAGUUGCAACUCUCAGGAUUCUAUUUAUUCUAGUCAACUCCAGUGAAGUUGUAUCUUUUGCAUUGACUAACGUAAAAGGGUGUUUGGUGUUGAAGGGCUUAGGAUAUAUCAAAACUUUAGGAAAGUCUUUGUUUUACCAAAAAUGCUCACCAACAUUAAAGUCACAGCAUUCACCAAAAUGUAUCUACUGUUAUGCAACAUCUUAGGAAAAAAGCAACAGUAUUUUACAAAGUUAAAUGUUAGGCCGUCGUCAUAUCUUGUGCACUUUGUCAAAACACGGCCAUUUUACCAAAACAGUAUGUACAUUGCUACCCAAAUAGUAUUCAAAUUUGAAUCCAUAACAAGUCAGACAAGAGAAAAAACUAUUGGCACACUUUCUACAGAACGUUGGAUGAAAAUACUUUGUUAAUGGUAAUAUGCACCAUGUUCUGCACCAAUACACAUCAAUAACUAAGCAGCCCUCACAUUCCUCACAAUCUCUGAUUUGUUUUUGUUAGCGCUCAGGACUCUCGAACACAAAGACAAGUGUGGGUCCAUGACUGUUUUCUCUCUUCUGAUUUACUCAGUUUUUUUCUUAGUAUAUGUAGUCUUGUUUGAAAUACUCAGGAAGAAUUUCUUUACCUCAGAAAUGAUAAAGAAUGUAUGUAAUCUUAGGGUCUUAGUAGUACGCAUUGAGGUUGGAGGUGAGCGACAGAUCUGACACAGACUUGUAUACACACUGGAUCUGUGCGGUUACCUCGUAGGUGAAACUUGAAAAUGCUACAAAGACAAAUAAUGAAUGUAAUUCAGGUACUUCAGAGGAUAUCUGAUGCCAUUAAUCCAUGUUUUUAACUCUAUGAAAACAUUUUCCCUUAUCCUUUAUUUUUGAUGUAGAUUUUGAUGGAGUGAUGAUUGUCUUCAUGCAGUGUUUAUGUAGAUGGCAGAUAAGAUGUUUUAUUUUGUUGGACAAACUGUUUUUACCCAACUCACCCAAAGGUACGACGCAUAUUUCGAAAUGCACCGAGUAUGUUCAACCUUGUGCAUGUACUGAAGGACAUUUAAAAAACGAACCCUGUACAGUAUUGAAAGAGCAAAAAAGAAACACCCCAAAGAUCAAAAUCUGAAUGUUUUUUGUAAUUGGCAGCUAAUCAUGUCUAAUCGCAAACUUUAUUAAACAUGUCACACCAUUAUGUGUACUGUACAAACUGUAAACAUGCUCACCAUGUAGACAAUCCAGGUAGAGCAGCCUGUUUCAAAAAUGUUGAGCAUGUUGGCCAAGGUAUGCCCAUGCUGCCACCACAAUUUCUCAAUCAAGAUCUUGUGAUCAUGAGUUUAUCUACAUUAUCUGUAGAUCCGCUUAUGUGGAAUUUUGAUCAAAUGUCUUUUCCCAUGAUCACCUCUUCCCGCUACUCUAUGAUCUGAGCACAAUGGUUUGUCUCCCUGGUUGCUGCCAUGUGGUGAGCUGAGCUUCAACCCCCCGCUCUUCUGUCUUACCACAGCCUUUGGGAGAAGCCAUUUUCUGAUUGAUGUCCAGUAACCCUAUAGCACUCUUCAGCUCUUCAACUACAGCUGGUGGCUUCACUCAUGCCACACGGGUCAAUCAGGAUGACCCCAGGAACACGUAUUGAUCCAAAACUUCAGAACCUAGCAGACUCAUAGACAUUCACAGGGCACGGAAACAUCUUAUGUAGUGUAGAUGUCAAAAUUCAGCUCCAAAUUUAAAGGUGGGGUGUAUGAUCUCUGAAAGCCACCUUAACAAACAUGCCCCUAGCCCAAUAGAAUCCGGACCUUCUUUUGAUAGACCCGCCCCACACAUACGCAACCCAGGCAAGUAGACAUGCUGCCUGCUGAUUGGCUACAAGUGUGUUUUGGUACUCGCCCGACUCCUGCACCCCGCCUUUAAUGACAUAUCACUGGAUUGUAUUCGAAAUGGAAAUACUGAUUUAAAAACAGAAACACAAAGACGCUGAGCAACUUAAGAGUUUGUCCAACAAAAUUGGCAUUAAUUAGCUGUUUUAAAUCUGUUAGUACAGUAACUUCGUUCUUGGAUCUUGUUCUUGUACAUUUUCUGUAACCAUUUCUACCUCAUUUUUGCAGCAUAUUGUACAUGAAAAUAUUUAUUUCAUGUCUUUUUUGAUGUCUGUUUUAAAAAUGAUAAUGUUCUUGAACUGUAAUGGUCUACCUCAGAAAAGACUGUAUUUUAAGAAAAAAAGUAUUAAACAAUAUUAAAGAGAA